AUGGGGAAGCGUAGAAAGUUGAAUACUACACGAAAUAAUCACCCUAUUAUUGAAGAAAAUACACAAUUUGGAGAACAACAAAUACAAGAAGAAAAUGACAUUGAGACUUAUACAUCUUUUGACAGUUCAAGUGAAAGUUCAAGUAAAGGUGAAAAGAAGACUAGAGGUUAUACACAUAUGUUAGAUGUGUGGGACAUGCCAGAUGGAGAAUUCAUACUUGUUGAAGUAGAUCCUUUGGGUAAUCCCAUGGGUUGGGAAGGGAAAACUUUAUUAAAUGCAAUAGGGAGCUUGGUAAGGAGACAUCAAUGUGCUCCUAUCAAUUAUCUUAGCUGGAAGGACAUGCCUGAGGACUAUAUUGUUAAUAUGCUUGAAUUGAUUCAGAUUUUUAGCACUUUCUUGCACUCGGAGUAUGGAGGUCCUGGUACACUCUUGGUCCUUCCUUUUGUUGACAUGGUUGAUGCCAUAAAUGAACGAGGAUUGCCUGGUGGGCCACAAGCUGCACAAGUGGCAUUUUUCAUAUUUUUUUAG